AGCAGCUUUCUACAAAAAUUGUUAUUACUUAAUACAACCUACGCUAAUUUGUUACCAAUAUAAAACGACGGCGUUUUCUAUGCAGACCUAGCGUCCUUCUCCAAGUCUCUUAUUUUACCUACUGUUCAUCACAUACCUCCAGACCUAAGCUGAAAGGUUGAAGAACAAUGACAAUGAGAGAAGCUCUGCUUGGAUUUUCUAUUUUGUUAAUAUUUAUUGCUUAUUUCAUCGAAUUUUCGUCUGCUAUCGUUGUAUUUGAGCCUUUCUCCAUUUCCUUCCCCGACCUUCCCGCCAAAUUCGCUCGUGGGAAUAACACUGCCGUCUGCGGUGCCCUUCAAGUGGCGGAUCCCUCGGAUGCUUGUACACCGCUCCGAAAUGAAUUUGGAUCCAACAAAACGGGCCCGACAAGGUUUGCUUUGAUAAUCAGAGGCAAUUGUUCUUUCGAGGAAAAAAUUCGAAAAGCUCAAAGCGGGGGUUUUUCUGCUGCAAUUGUUUAUGAUGAUCAAGAUAGAGGCAGUUUAGUUUCCAUGAUGGCGAACCCUACAGGAAUCAAAAUUCUUGCGGUUUUUGUUUCUAAAUCUGCUGGUGAAUUUUUGAAAGAUCAUGCUAAAGGGGAGAAAGGGGAAUGCUGCAUUUAUCUGCGGCCAAAUAGCAAGGCCUUGACAAUUUUUGUUAUAUGUUUCCUAUCACUUCUCGUUAUAGCAGCUUUCCUGGUGAUAGCCUUGAUGCCUCCCAGAAUUUUGUCGAAUUGGCGAAGAAGAAAUUUAGUAAAAAGUGUGGAUAGUAAGACAGUUGAAGCUCUUCCUUGUGUUGCGUUUGGUUCUGCUCGCUUGAGUCAGUGCCAUACCGGAGAAACUUGUGCUAUUUGCCUUGAGGAUUAUAAGGAUGGAGAGAUUCUUAAAAUUCUCCCCUGUCAACAUGAUUUUCAUUCAAGCUGUGUGGAGUCUUGGCUGACAAAGUGGGGGACAUUCUGCCCUGUAUGCAAACAUGAUAUGAUAACCAAAACCGCGUAUUCUGAGAUCAAGAGGAGCAGCACUGGCGAUGCUCAUUUGCCUUGGAUUUAAAAAUUGGGUAUCAUGUGAAUUGUGAACUCCCAAAUGGAUUAUAUGGAGGUGUGUGGACACUUUUUUUCCCGAGAAAACUAAGAUUUCCAUUUUAUUUUCUUCCUAAUGUCAUGUUUCAGUAUGUCUUCUGUUGGGCCAUCCAUCCCUAUCAGAAGUUAGUUUCUGCACCCAUAUGCCUCUUCGAAGCACCGACAAAAUUUCUGAGAUGAUGCUUUGUUGAUGUAACCUUUUUAUGUAAACUGUUAUUGUGUGAUGUCCAGGGGGAUGAUCGUCCCAUUUUAUUUUCAACCAAAGGGUAGUAAGAAAUCCAUGUAAAUGCUAGUCCAAAAUGGCUGAAAAUUGUAAAAGCUGUAUGUCUUAUGCUUGAUUGUAUAUAAUUAAAAGAGCUUUCAUGUUGCAA